UUCAUCAUCCAGUGUUUUCAAGUGGGUUUAACACAGAGUCACAGGCUGCUGCGAUCCUCCAGAGCUGCUUCCUCCUCCGAGGAGACGUGAGUAGAAGAUUUAACCGAAGAGAGGCGACCAUUUGUGGGAAGAAAGCCAACGAACACGACGGCAGAGUUUAUGUUUUUUAAAGGACCGAUCACAUGCGAUGAAAGACAUGGACAUCUUCACUGGCUCCUCUGACCGAGGCCUGUCAGACUUCGAGCUCAUUGAGGAAAUCAUCACACAGGAUGGUGAGCAGUCAGCUGUCGGCCUCCCUCGUCCUUGCCCCCCUCCCGCUGAACUCCCCCCCCAGGUGCUGCGCAGCCAGCCCCUCAGGAUGAACCGACAGAGCUCCUCGCUGGGGUCACAGCCGGUGCUGGUGGCCAGAGGCACUGGACACCCGCCAACCUGCCCCUUCCCUCAGUCCCUGCCGCGGCUGAACAAUCCCAGUGUGAUGGCGUCAGCUCCUCCCUCCCGGGCCGUCACCUCUCCGGCCUGCUCCUCUCGCCAAUGUCACGCCAAGAACCAGGACGACACCGACAUGCUGGACCGGAUCCUUGAGAAGCCCAGGCUGGUGGUGGUGGAGGAGCCCAAGGACCGAGGCAUGAGGUUCCGGUAUGAGUGUGAGGGACGCUCCGCCGGCAGCAUCCUGGGGGUGUCCAGCACCGACACCAACAAGACUCAGCCUGCGAUUGAGAUCCAAGGUCCCAUUGAAUACAUAAAGAGGGUCACAGUCACCGUUUCCCUGGUGACCAAAGACCUCCCCCAUCGGCCUCACCCCCACUGCCUUGUGGGUAAAGACUGCCCGAUUGGUUCAGGGAUUUGUGAGGUCUCGUUGAACCCUCACAGCAGCCGGCGACACAGCUUUGCCAACCUUGGUAUCCAGUGUGUGAGGAGGAGAGAACUUGACUCUUCACUUCAGAAAAGAAGAAGCCAGAAUAUCGACCCCUUUCAAACUGGUGACACAAAAGGCAUCGAAGACCUGGACAUGAACGCCGUGCGUCUGUGUUUCCAGUGUGAGCUCGAGUGGCAGGACGGCAGGAAGGACAGUCUCAACCCUGUGGUGUCCACUACAAUCUAUGACAAGAAGGCCACGACUACGUCCCAGCUGAAGAUCACCUUUUUGAACCUGUACAGAGGCUCCUGCACUGGAAAGACUGAGAUCUACAUGUUGUGUGACAAAGUGCAGAAAGAUGACAUUGAGAUCAUAUUCCGGCGCGGUUCGUGGAAGGCGAACGGGGAGUUCGCCCAGACAGACGUGCACCGGCAGAUCGCUAUCGUGUUCAAGACACCACCGUACCAGGACCAGAACCUCACGGAGGAGGUGGAGGUCAGCGUCUCACUGCGUCGCAUCUCAGACCAGAUGGAGAGCGAGUCAGUGACCUUCACGUACCUGCCACACAACCCAGAUCCAUAUGAGGUGAAGAGGAAGUGCAGGAUAAAGUCAGACAUCAGUUUCAGAGAGAAGACGUGUUUAACAGCAGAGUGUGCACCUGCAGCAGAGCAGCCCUUCCACUUCACGCAGCCUCACACCACAAUGCCUCCAGACAAGUGGCCUUGUGCCGGCCAGCCUGCAGUCGCUGCUGUCGGGCCGGUUUGUUACAACGCGCCCCAGGACUCAAACAACUGCACAGAUGAGGCGACCUUUUUCAAUCAGUUGCUAGAAAUGCCUGCAUUAUGGGAAAUGAUUGACUUUGAGACGGAGCCCGACAGCAACUCCACAUUUACCAACAUGGACGUGAACUUUAACCAGAACUUUGGCUCGCACACCCAGGACUUUUCCCAGUACAGUGACCUGCAAUUCAACAUGCUGGUCAAUGAGAACCAGUGUGUGCAGUCAGAGCCACAGGACGGACUCAGUGCCAGCGAGGUUCAGGUGAAGAAAGAAGAGGCGCUAUGAGGCGGGGACCAUGUCGCGUCAUCAAUGUUAUCUGUGCCCUUUCUUUAAAGGACCAGUUCUUUUCGGGCAACUGUGCAGAUUCUCUUUCCUGCCAAGUGUAGAGGUACACAGUUAGCUUAGCUUAGCAUAAAGUGAAGGCAAUGUGAAAAUGCUAGCCAUGCUCUGCUCAAAUCAGCCACGAUAAACUCUUUAAUGAAGACAUAACUCUGCAAGAAAUUAAGUAAAAGCACUUCUCAAAAGGAAACCUAUAUCUUUAACCUUUCUAGAUUUAGAGAAUAGACGGAAAAUAAAGAUGGACGACGCAUCUCCACCUCAUCCCACUAUCCAGAAAUGAAGACGAAAUAUCCCAUAUAGGGAAACGGGGCCAUCUUGCUCUGUGGUGAUUGGGUAACGGAGCCGCAGUCACAACAUCCAAAGUCAAAAGUCAGACUACAACUAAAUUACUUGGUUUCAGACUACGCCGUUUUUCAAACUAAAUUUGUUUCUGCCCACACUAGCGUUUGACUUCGGAUUAGUUUUAAUCCCUUUCCAUACUAACACGGCUUAGAACGUAUAUCACUCGACCACUAAUGUAUACUGGGCAUGCAGAGGCCGCUGUAAGCAGGAACUAUCGCAAAUUGUCGAAUAAUAGCAAGUCUCCCACAGAUGCACACACACUUUAUCAUUGCGAAAUGCAGAAUUCAACCUCACAACAGCUGCUAGCUAAGAGACCAGGGUCAGCAACUACCUAAAAUGACAGAAACCAUUUAUGAUGAAAAUAUUUCUGCACUUAGGCUUUUUAGAUGUCGCAUCCACUAGCUAUGGUGGAGGCGGGGUUUAAGACUCUACAGCAGCCAGCCACCAAAUGGUGAUCAAGACGUCAAGUUGUCCAGCAUUAUAAACAGCCUGUGAGUUAGAGCCAGAAAAGUUGAUGUGGUCCAAAUCCAAGAUGAAGUCAAAUGCCUGACUUGCUGCGGCUGCGUAACACUGUUAUGUGUCUGGAGGGUAAAUUUUGUUUCAAUUCAAUCUCCCCCUAUCCCUCCAUCUUUAUCGUUCCCUGAGAGCCUUGCUGGUCAAGGCUUUAAAGAUCAGGAGCAGCUUAACAUUCUUAAAUAGUUGUCGAUAAAUGCUGCUACCAUUGAAGUAAGAGAUUCUCCCAGUAAGAGUGGAGCUGAAAAAGAGAACUAUCAAAUUUCCCUCUUAAAAAAAACUGUCGAGAUAUAUAAUUGGUGAGAUCAGUUAUUUUUAACCAAACACAAGCCGACAUCUUUCCAGAUGUUUGAAAGGUUUUUAUUUUAUCUUUACUUUUUUUUUUACUAUUUAUUUGAUAGGGUCAGUUAAUUAGCAUGAGCACAAUGGUUCAUAUGAUCCAGAGAUAAAAUCGUAUUUUCAUCUACAGUUCCCGGCAGGUGGAAGUUAAAAUGAAAACAAACAGACAACAAACUUGCAUAUAUAUAUAUAAAUAUAUACACGCUGAGGCAAAAUCCACAAUAUACAACAGUUUGUAGAAUAGAGGUUAAGAUGGUGAAUGUCCCUUGUACUUUUGAAGGUUUUCUGCACAAAUAAAGUUACCAACUACCAGCGGAUGUUAGGGACAUAACUUCAGUUGUGCACCUCAGCGUCAACAAGUGUUUUGGCCUUGUAAUGAACGAUGCAGGCUGAACUUGAGGGUUGACGCUGAGGCUAAAGGUAAAUGGGACUGGCUACUGGCUUGUAUGGAAACAAUAUGAAAGCAAUGUGGCCGCUCAGUAGAUCACACAUUAUUACGUACCACCGUAAAGUCUUUUUAAUUAGACAGAGAAGGGAAUUAGAUUAGCAAUAACAAGACUAGUCCAGAUGAUGACAUAUUUGACUGUUGUAACAAUUCUUUACAGAAUUGGAAAAUUCUAACAACUCACGUCUGAAGUUCUUCACAAUAUUCUUGUGUUUUUAAACAUUUAAUCCUCUUAAGAAACACUAGAAACCAGUCCUUGUUUUCAUAUUUCUGUCCGUGCUGUUUAAUCUUACUAUGCAGUUUCACUCUUGCGCAAUUUCUAAGUUCCACUCGCACCUUGUCUCGUGUCCAACUCCGCCCCCCCCCCCCUCGCUGUAGCACUUCAUUGUAAAUAUCUCAAAGAAAAAAUUAAAUGUUAACGUGUUA